UGUAUAACAAUAUAAAAAAAUGACUGUAAAACCUACUAUCACAGUUGAUAAUUAUAUCUAUUUUACCAUCUAACCCAACGCAAGAGGUUAGAGGACAUGGUGAUGAUCUAGUAAGGUACAUAUGGAUGAAAACAGUUGCAUGACCAUUACAUUACCUAAAUCAUCAAGCCUCAUCUUAGGUGUCCUCCCAUAUUCAGUUGCAUCAUAUUCCAACUUCCUCAUCUUAGGUGUCCUCCCAUAUUCAGUUGCAUCAAAGCCCGUCCUAACCUUUUUCGUGUCGUCUGCAGAACAUGGUCCGUCUUCUUUGUUUCAGGCUCAAGGAUCCAGCCACCCUCAUGGUCAAAUAUUGCCAAUAAGCCUAAGAAUCUAAUAACAUUAUAAUAAUGAAGAUUCUAUCCAAAUUAAUGCACCGGAGGAUUUGUCUUGAACUGCACGUCCAGUAAGAAAGAAAGAAAUCAACUUGAUCCUUAAUCGAAGAAAUUAUAUACGUUAAGAUUCAUGAACUUAAUAGACUAGUAUGAGGUCGAAUUUCCAUAAAAAAAAAGUAUGAGG